GGUAAGUAUCAGAUUCCAGACUCAGCCUCGGACAAGCCACGUCACUAUUCAGUAAGUUCAGCUAGUAAGCGGGUCGCAAGCCUCAAUAAUAUUAUUGAUUGACCCACCAUCCCGACGCCAACACCGUCAUGUCAGGAUACGCUCUUGACUUUGGCACCCCCGUCAAUACGGCUCUCCUCAUUUACAUUCUCUAUUCCGUGCAGAAGAUUGUUUUCCCUUCUACAUCCACACCCACCACAAUCCCAAACGAGUUCAAGCAUGGUUACUCAUGGAUGCCUAAGGCACACCCCCCGACUGUAUUGUUCCAGACAUAUACCCCGAAGACACUAGAACCCUUCAAUGGUCAGGACGGGGGUAGAAUUUUGCUCGCCAUCAACGGCAUUGUGUUCGACGUAACAGCAGGGAGGAACUUCUAUGGGCCAGAUGGCAUGUAUGGUAAUUUUGCGGGUCGUGACGCAUCUCGUGGCAUGGCCAAGCAGUCAUUCGAUUUAGACAUGCUAACGCCAAUUGACCAACCUCUCGACAAGCUCGAGGAUCUCCGACCAGACGAAAUCGAGAACAUGAAAGGCUGGAUCGAGCACUUCUCGAAUAAAUAUAUCGUCGGCGGAAGGCUUGUUGAAAACGAUGCUGUGUGAUUGAAUUUGUACCAUUUUGCUUGCGUUGAAUCAGUUCAUAAACUGCCUCGUAUCAACUAGUAUGCGCUUCGUCUACAACGCCAUGAUCCGUCUCCCACUUUCAUAAUUCUGCACGUAUCCUUCUCUGUAUAGUCGUCGGUCGAGGUUCUUUGUGUUAUCAUUUAUGUAUGUAUAGAUUCGGAUAACGUUAUUACCGAAAACGCGUUUAUUGAUCGCAU